GUUAAAGAGAAAGCGCUAAUGCAAAGAUGAAGUGUCUCUUGGCCAUUGCUUUGAUCACAACCUUCCUUUUAGCUUUUUUCAGUCAUUCUGGAAGUGCCCUGGUAUGUUACAAUUGUCAAAAUAGUCCCUGUAAUACUAACCAAACAUGCUCAUCUGAUCAAAAUGCUUGCAUGGUGGCAUAUCUUGGUUCAAGAAAUGUCUCUGCAUGCUGGAAAUAUUCACAGUGCGAACUGGAUUAUAUUGGAAAGCAGUUCAAGGUUGACAGCUUUAAAUUUAGGUGUUGCCAAAUGGAUCUGUGUAAUGGCAGUCCAAUUCCAGUGGCUAGUAAAAUAGUCAUGAUUAUUGCUUCCUUAGUGACAGUAAUCAAACUGGUCAGUUUCUGAUAUGGAGAAAAAAAGAUAUAGUGUUAUGUGCUUAAAAUUAAUACCUACUCGCAGUUUUUGAGAAAGUGCCACACUUUGAUAGGGGCAAUGGGUAUCAUGGAAAAAUCACCAUGUAGCAGUAUAAAAUGUAAAUGUGCUUUCGUUUCUGGCAUUUUGCUUGCUGGUGUGUGUCUUUUCUACAUGGUUUGAAAGAAGCUAAAGCUCAUGAAUUAUCAGUAGGUUGGAAGAAUUUUUAAUUGUAGAAUAUUUCUAUCUUUGAAGAAUGAUUUAGUAAUAUUUCUGGCAGUUAAUAUAUCUGUAUAUCUGCAUAAGAGUUCACUUGUCUGAGACCUGCUAUUGCCAAUUUUCAUUAUUCUUUCUCUUGAACCUUGCAAACUGAUUCACUGGUAGAAAUAGCUCUUAUAAUGGCAAGAAGCAAAUAUAUUUAUUUACCUUCUCCUUCUUUCCAACUUGGUUUCUUAAAAACCUAUUCUUGUGGGCUCAUCCAUUCAGAGCAAGCAAGCAUUAUUUGGGCAGUUCUAGUGAUCUCUGCUUAUAAAAAGAGUGCAGCGGUGAUCUCUUUGUAAACCAACAAUAUUGUCUUAUGCUUCUCAGAUAUCUCAUCUCAAUAUACUACUAGACACUGGUGUAUAAAUCCAAGACGCUAUUUCAAGCAAUUCAUAAUGAUAAUACACAUUGUACGAGUACUAUAUAAUCGGUAUACACAUUUAUUAACAUAAAUGUAAUACAACUGUUGGAAUUCAGUAUUUUUUUUGAGACCAGAGACCAUUUAAUUGGUUUGUGUUAUCUCAAACAUGCUGAUUUUAUAGUACUUACCAUACUAAGUUCAUUACUUUGGAAGUAGCAUGGUUCCUUACUAGUAGAUGAGUAUGAUUUAAACAGCAGUUUGGGUAAUGAUAACUUAUUUUCGACAGUCUUGUAUUGAAUGCUGGGUGUUUAUGUACAAGUGUUUACAUUUAAGGCUGAAAUUAUAAUACAGCCUGAAUUCAUGGCGUAUAGUCUGAUAUAACCUGAGUGAGGUUGGGAAAUAAAGUAUUGCCCAAGGAACCUUCCCUAACCCAAGAAUUCAGGAGGACUGCAUAUAGAAUGACGUCUUUACUGUGAUCACCACCUUCUGGAGGACAUAAAUGGCUGCAGGCUGUGAGAGGAAACAGGAACGCCUUGUGCGCCAAGGCAGUAUUUUGAAGUAGUAAAACUGGAACAAAGAACAAAUCUGUAAAUGUAUUAAUCAUUGGGAGACUAUUUCUACCAGGGCAACCUCAUGCAGGGAUUGUUUGAUGUUGCAAGGGGAGGGAGGAAGCCAAAGGCAAGCCCCUGCUGCUUCUUUGCCCACUCCUUUUAAAUACCCUUUGGGAUGGAGUCAGAAGGAAACCACACCAAGUACGCUCUGCUCUGGCUGGUAUAAGUGUGCACAUAUUUGAUGAUGUUACAUAAUUUUAUUAAUGUAUUGACUGCACUUUAAAAAGCUCAAAAUAAAUAUCCACAUUUGAAAAGAAGGGAUGCAAUCACUGCCCAUGUAACUUGCUCUGGCUAGAAGUGGCUGGAAAAUUUUCCCAUGUCUGGCUUAGGAGGGAGAUGUGCUGGGCCAGGUAAAUUACAACUUGGUGUUUUAUCAUUUGGAUAUUUUCAGAAAAGACACUCGGGAUGUGUUUGCAUCAUCAUAUGUCCACAGUAUUUUCAGUUUUGCAUCUAAUGCUAUUUGAUAAUAAAAUAUAAAACCAA